GUGAACGGGACUGUUGGCUAACAAGCUACCGUAGGCAGAAAUCGUCAAGAGUUUUCGGAAAUUUACCAGGAUAACUGUAAGAUAACAAAACAAAGUUUUAUACUGUGGGAAGCAGGAACGUACAAGGGCAGAGUCGUGUGGCAAAAUCACGACCAUGGUACUGCUGCGAGAUCUAUACAUGCCACUUAUUGCCGUCAUAGCACUGGUAUCUUUUUGCGACGCAAGAAUACACCAACUUACUCUAAAGAAUGAAACGCGCUCCAUUAUCCACCUCAACACAUUUGGUUUCUAUGCCAACGGCACUCUGGAGUUCCAGCUAGUUUCUCUCCGGCUUUCACCAGCUCAGACGAAGGCUUCCCCUACAUUCGUGGGGUUCAGCCUGGCCAAAUCACGAGUGAAUGGUGUCCUCGCAUACAAUGGAGAGGAAGCCGAUUCAUGUGUGCCGCAGGAGAAGGCAAACUCAGCAGAGCCUCUUGCUGUCUUCAUCAUCCACACCACCGACCCGCCAAGAGUGGAGCUGAAGCUCACUGGCGAGGGACAGGACAGUGUUCUGACAGCCUUCACGGAGAAUGAGAAACACGGAGACUCCACCAAGGGUACAGGAACCAGGAAGAAGAGGUCAGAAGACGAUAAGACCGCAGUGAUCACCCCAACUAAGCAGUCCGCAGCUGACAAGACUACCAAGGACAAGGAAGCUGACAAGACCACUAAGGAAGGUGAGCAAACCACCGAGGAUGAGAAUGGUAAGCAGGCCACAGAGGAUAAGAAAGAUGACAAGAGCACCGAGGAUAAGAAGAUGAUGCCGGAAUCGCCAGUUGUUCCUGGGAAGGAGGGAAAAGAGGAAAAGAAGCCUCAAGUCAUACAGCUGAAGGACUUGACCACACCAGCCAUCAUCACCCUGUCCAAAAAUGGAGACGACUACAGCUUCAGCUUCAACAUGACGUUUGGUGCCUUGGCUGAGGGUCUGUACAACCUCAACUUCCACAACUGUUUCAACCGGCUCCCUGCCGUCCCACGGCCCUACACCCUCAGUGUGAAAAUCGUGGAGAGGAACUUGGGCGGUUUCCUGUCGGCAGCUGAGAUCCCGCUGCCCCGCCUCUACAUCAGCAUGGCCGCAGUGUUCUUUGGCGCCGCCCUGAUCUGGGUCUACACACUCAUGAAGCACAGGUACAGCGUGUUUAAGAUCCACUGGCUCAUGGCGGCACUGGCUUUCACGAAGGCCAUCUCUCUGGUGUUUCACAGCAUAAACUAUCACUUCAUCAACACUGAGGGUCACCCCAUUGAAGGCUGGGCUGUCAUGUACUACAUCACUCACUUACUGAAGGGGGCGCUGCUGUUCAUCACACUGGCUCUCAUCGGCACUGGCUGGGCCUUUGUUAAGUACAUCCUGUCUGACAACGAGAAGAAGAUCUUCAUGAUAGUCAUUCCACUGCAGGUCCUUGCUAACGUGGCCUACAUCAUCAUCGAGUCAACAGAGGAAGGCUCCAGUGAGUACGCCCUUUGGAAGGAGAUCCUCUUCCUGGUCGACCUCAUCUGCUGCGGGGCCAUCCUCUUCCCAGUUGUCUGGUCCAUCCGGCACCUCCAGGAGGCCUCCACCACUGAUGGCAAAGCUGCCAUGAACCUUGAGAAGUUGAAGCUCUUCAGGCAUUACUACGUCAUGAUUGUGUGUUACAUCUACUUUACGCGGAUCAUUGCCAUCCUGCUGAAGGUCACUGUGCCGUUCCAGUGGCAGUGGUGCUACGAGUUUCUGGUGGAGGUGUCCACCCUGAUCUUCUUCGUGCUGACUGGUUUCAAGUUCCGGCCCGCCUCCAACAACCCCUACCUGCAGCUGCCACAGGACGAGGAGGACAUGGAGAUGGACGAAGUUUUGACAGAGUCCGGCGCGCUCGAAGGCAUCACCAAGGUGAAGAAGACAUCCAACGGUCGCGAGCGACAGAGAGAAGCCGCCUUAUGAGACUCCGCCCACACACCCCACCCCUGGGUCCUGAUUGGCCCCCACGUGUGCACAGGGGAGGAGUCUGGACUCUUAAACCCGCCCCUCUCCACCCCUAAGUGACCAUUCCUGCUGACGGUCACCAUCAUGACUGUUGUCAUGGCCAACCGCAGCGUCGCUAUGCAACAACAGCAGCAACAACAACAACAACAACAACUAUUACUAACAAGACGUAAAAAAAGACAUGAAAAGAUCGACGGAAGUAAUUAUAAACAAGAGGAGUAUGAAAGCGUCUUCGUUUUGGGUCCCUUCUCCCUAUAGCUUUUGAGACUCAGUCAUUCUAGCCUUUCACACGCCCACCCCACCCCCCCUUUGUGAUGGCUUGCAGUGGUUCAUUCCAGAGAUUGUGCUCCCCCUUAAAACCUAAUGAAUGGUUUGGACCAAGGUGGAGAUGGACUUGUGGUGGUGUUUUUCUCUUUUUCAUUUUUUUUUUUUUUUUGUUUAUUUAUUUUUAUUUCUGUCUUUUUUUGUAGUCUCGUAGCAUUCUCUCAUUUAUCUUUGUUUCUCUGCUCCCUUCUCUUCCUUCCUCCUCACUUCUUCAUGCCAGUUCUUUUUUUCUUCUCUCUUCUUUCCCUUCAUAGUUUAACCUUUCUCUCUCUUUUCUUUACAUACUCUUCUCUCCAGGAAGGGGAGAGAUAUUGAGAUUCCAAAGAUGUGAUAUGACUUUUAAACAAUCAUUUGGCUUGUAUAAUUUUAUUCAAGAAAUCGUUCUAACAAAAAAAAUAAUUGUUAUUUAAGUGGUACAUUUAUUUUUUUGUAAUUUGAUGUGCUGCAGUUGUGUUUUAAUAACAAGAUAUAUAUUUUGUUGAGUUGUUGUGUUUGAUUAUGGGACAAAUUACUAUCUGUACCCGCAAGUACCUAUCGGUUGAUCGAUGACCGUGGCUUUGUAAACUGCCCCUCCCCCCUCCAGUUACAAUAGAGACAUGACGGGCUAGACAUCCGAGGCCUUUUACCAUCAGUGUUGGGUGCAAAUACUUUUUCUUCUAAAUACAUUCAGGUGUUUGCGUACGUGCAUGUGUGUGUGUGUGUAUAUGUAUGUGCGUGUGUGUUUGUGUGUUGUCUGUCUGUCUGUCUGUCUAUCUGUCUGUCUGUCUGUGUCUGUGUGUGUGUGAUGUCUGCGUGUGUGUGUGUGUGUGUGUGUGUGUGUGUGUGUGUGUGUGUGUGUGUGUUGACGUGCGCAUGCGUCGCUUCUGCCGAUUCCACGAGCAGUUAUAACACGCCGGUCCUAUAUUGUGUUGGUUCAGUGUGCCUACUGGCCCAGUGACUUAACCUGUGUGAUGCAGUAGCCUAUUUGUGUGGCUUUCGUUUUUUUUUGUUUGUUUGAUUGAUUACUUGUUUGUUUGUUUUCCUGCUUUUGCUUUCUCCCUCUGGCAGUAAUUUAAAGAUUGACAGAAAAGAAGAAAAAAAAAAAAUAGACCGACCCACCCAGGUUUCAUCGUAAAGUGUAGAUUAAAAAAUGGCACUCCCAGCCACUAGGGGCAGUGGAGCUGCCUUUUUAUUAUACGAGACCCAACUCAGUGGACUUCUGUUUACUUUAACAGACUGGACACAGGUCUGAGCGUUUCCAUGGUCUCCUUAAUCAACCGUUUUUUUUUUUUUUUUUGUAGAUGUGCACACUGUAAGAAACUGGGCGAGCGAUUGUUGCUAGGGUGUUACUAUCGCCUUGUGAGGGUGGAGAAGUGUCCGGUUCAGGCCCUACACACCAGGACGGUCCUAGUUUUGGAACUGCGUCUUUAUAUCAGAGGUCAGAUAUAUGAGGACUUGACUCGCUCUGGCCAAGAUUAUCAUCCCCAACCCCCCCCAUGAGAUUUGUUUUGCCUUGCUGUCAGGAGGUUGACACAGUGCUGACUCUACUUGUCUUUUGAAAUAAAAUAAUUGAAUGUG